AUGUGUGGCUUCCGAAAAGCAACAAUUAAAUACGAAUUCCAAAGGAACGAGAUCCGAAGAUACGAGUGCUCCACUAUUACGAGCGACCUGAUUCCGAUUCGACAGUUAAGUACACAGUCUGAAGGUUUAGGUAAUGGCGCCCCUACUGUUGGUGUUCCUCGUACCGGAAAUUCUUAUUCUACUGGCAGAAAUGAUUCUCCUCAAAGGUCUAGGUCCGGGUCUCCUUCGGCCGAGUUUGAUCCUGCCGGGUUUCGUCAUGCCGGGCUUCCUCCUGCCGAGUAUGAUCCUGCCUGGUUUCCACCUUCAGAGUUUGACUUUCACGGGAUUCAUGAUGACAGGUUUUCUCCUGUCAAGUUUUAUCCUGUCGGGUACUCUUCUAUAAGCCCUUAUCCAGAUAGGUCUCCUUUCGUAAAUCCUCCUUCUUCUACUAGAUCUUCACCUUCAAAGCCUACUUCUCCUACCAGGUCUUCACCUUUAAACCCUUCUUCUCCAACCAGGUCUUCACCUUCAAAGCCACCUUCUCCUACCAGGUCUUCGCCUUUAAAGACCCUUCCUCUUGCCAGGUCAUCUUGUACCAGACGUCCUCCUCCUCUUUCUAGGCGUAUGAAGUCUCGGAAGAUGGAGAGACCAAUAUGGUUCCCAGAGCAUGAGGGAUGCUCGAUAGAAAGCAUCCACAUGGGUUGUUUUUUGGAAUGCCAGAGGUUUCAAAAGGCAAAAAUGGGAAGACCAAAGGGAGGACUUGUUUUUGUGAAGAUUCCAAACAGUUUUUUUAAUAUCAUUGGGGAUGAAUAUACUCGAAUUCAGGCUCUAAUGUUGUAA